GACAGCUGCAAGGCGGCGAAGUAGCGGCUUGUUUUGUAGGUUAUUCAGAAACGAACUAACAAAUAAUUUAAAUUCGCAAGCUGUUUCAUGUUUCGAAGACAUCUUCUCAAAACAAUUAAAUAAUAAUCAAUAAUGGCCAAUUUUGAUCUCGGUGCAAUUGUGCAAGCAGUGGAUGACAUAAAGGAAGAAGGACUUUCAUUCGAAGACAAACAAUUAACCUGGGAUACGGCAGAGGAUGUCGCUGAUAUUGUUAAGGCUUUGGAAACAACAAAAGUUGUGCACUACCUUAAGUUAGGUGGUAAUACGUUGGGUAUCGAUGCGGCGGCUGCCAUCGGCAAAGGGCUCGAAAAACAUCCAGAGUUUCGUAAAGCGUGGUGGUAUAAUAUGUUUUCAAGACGACUGAAGACAGAGACACCAUUGUCAUUAAAGCACUUGGGCAAUGGAUUGAUGACAGCGGGAGCAAAAUUAACAGUUUUGGACUUAAGUGAUAAUGCUUUAGGUCCAAAUGGCAUGGUUGGUCUUGAGGAUUUGUUACGCUCACCGGUUGUCUAUUCACUGCAAGAAUUGCGUUUGAAUAACUGUGGCUUGGGCAUUGGUGGGGGUAAAAUGCUCUCAAAGGCCAUAUUAGACUGCCAUAAAAGUAGUGUUGCAGCCGGCACACCACUCCAAUUGAAAGUUUUCAUAGCCGGUCGUAAUCGCUUGGAAAACGAUGGUGCCAAAGCUAUUGCGAAAAUAUUCUCAACACUCAAAACAUUGGUAGAAAUAGCGAUGCCACAAAAUUCCAUAUAUCAUGUAGGCAUUGCCGCGUUAGCGGCUGGUUUUGAAGAAAAUCAUAAUUUACGAAUUCUGAAUCUAAAUGACAAUACGGUGACCGAGAAAGGUGCUGCUGCUCUAGCAGAAGCUUUUGCCUCUACUCCUUUGUUGCAGGAAAUUAAUUUCGGUGAUUGCCUGCUCAAAAAUCAUGGUGCAUAUCACUUUGCAGAAGCACUGGCUGAAAAUCAUUCUCAACUGGAGGUUGUGGACUUAGGCUUCAAUGAAAUCGGCGCUAAUGGAGGUGUUGUGUUAGUCGAAGCCUUACAAAAUAAACCUAAUUUAAAGACUCUUAACUUGGACGGCAAUCAAUUUGGUUAUGAGGGUCGUGAACGUAUAAAAGAGAUUAUGGAGUUGUCUGCUAAUCCAGGUGCAUUGGGGAGUUUUGACGAAGAUCAAUCUGAGGGUGAGGACGAUGAAGAUGAAGAAGCGGAUGAUGAUGACGAUGAUGAUGAAGACGAUGAGGAUGAUGAUGAUACUACUGAGGAAGUUGAUGAAGAUGAAGAAUAUCCAGACGAAGAUGCUGAUGAAGAAGGUGAUGAAGCGUACAUAACUUCGCCUACAUUCACAACAAAUCUUUUAAAUCCAAAUGAAUCGUUUAUUUCUGCUAAAAACGUUCAUUUCGGCGAUACAAAUACACCAGUAAAGCCGCUCACAAUCAAGUCAUUUUGUUUGAGUCAAACACCAUGUACCAUAGAAGCAUUCGAAUCGUUGCAGGAGAGUGAUAAAUUAAGCUCUCUCAAGGAUAUUAUAGAGCAAUUCUCGGGCGACAAUCGUCUGUUGUUACUAAUUUUUACCACACUAAAGUGUGCACAUCUCUCCCAAUCAUCGGCGACUGCACUUGACUUGGCUAAAGCACUUUACGCAGAAACAGCGGAUUAUGCUGUAAAUACGAAGCAAGAGCGACGUGUGUUGAAUUAUGUAUUGAUGCAACUCGGUUUGUUGCGUAGUGAAGAAAAAUUCAAAAGCCCAUAUGAUUUGAAGAGUUGUCGUUACGCAUUGCGGGAAACGCUGAAAGCUAACCCACAAUUGGGUAGUGAGUAUAUGCGGAAUGCGUUUAAUGUUUUUCUACAACAAUUGGAUGGUUAAAUUAGGCAAAAAAAUAACUCGGUAAUUUAAAGUUUUUUUUAACAUUUUACUGCAUAAACUAUUCUUCAGGAAUUUAUAAGCUAUCUGAGUAAAUUGAUUUAUAUAAUAAGUUAUUUGUUUAAAAUCUAGGUGGCCAAAUAAAAAAACUGUCAAAUA